UUUACACUCUGCAGAGGAGACUCUUCCAUCAGACGAUGUGUUCACACUAAGGAAACACCGCUACGCUUAGAGGAAAUAACACAAGCUGUCAGAGAAUGUUUACCAGGUGGUUCACUUUCACUGCCUUUCUGUGAGCCGCUGAUGGCCGCGGCUCUGUGAGCGUCGCACCAACCUGCAGGGUCAAAGGUCAUCCAGAGGCAGAGCUGACUCUGAACUGUGGAGACGGAAAGAAAGCAGGUGUGGUUCAGUACUGGCACACCCCUUUUGGAAACCUUCAGACCCCUGGUUUCCACAGUAACAUGGACCCCGUCUUCAUGCUUCAUGAUGGAAGCCUGAAGGUCCCCAACCCCAGCCUCUUGCACCGCGGCCUGUACUACUGCCUCCUGCAGCACACAGAGGGAACUGCACUGUGGCCCUACGAGCUGAGUGUGGGUCAGCGCAGUGAUGAAGAGGAGCAGGAACACAGCGGAGGUGAGGAGCGUGAUGAGUUCAGGUUCAGGAGGGACGUCGGGUCCUUGGAAGAGAUGCAGGCAGGCGUUUCAGACGCUCACUUUGCAGGAGCUGUGGCGGCUUCAGUUCUGCUGACAUUCGUGGUGGGCUUCAGCGCUGGAGCUCUGAGCAUGACCCCUGUCCUCAGGUGUUUAGGGAACCUCUCCACGAGUUUUCAAUCACAACGACAACACACAACUGACUCUGAGGUCACCAUGGCAACACUAUCGCCCAUGUACGACAACCAGGCGUGGGACAGCGACGCUGACUCUGCUCAUUGUUCAACCAUGGAGACCACCAUUACCCCCCCCACCAAACCUCAGAGAAGCUUCCGGGGAAAACGACAGGAGCAGGAAACCACGGCCUAUCUGGAAGGAUGUGACAACAUGAGGGAGGAGGAGGAGGAAGAGGAGGAGGAGGAGGAGGAGGAAGGAAAAGGUUUGAAGGGAAAUAAUGAAGAGUGUGAUGGGGAGGCAAAGGAAGAGCAGUGUCAUCAUUUGUAUGGAGGCGAGGAUGGAGGCGAGGAUGGAGGCGAGGACGGAGAGAGUCAAACCCAAACAGAUGAAGACACGGCUAGUAAAGAUGGAGAGGAGAAAGAAAGUAGAGAAGGAAGGGAGGGAAAGACAGAAGUGAGAAAGGAGGAAGAGGUGGAGGAGGCAGAUAGGGAGGAAAAUAGCAGCAAUGAGGAUGGAGAGGAGGGGAGAGGAAGUGAGGAGGAGGAGGAGGAGAGGAGGAGAGAUGGGGAGGAGGAAGAUACAGACAGCAAUAACGAUGAGACAGGAAGUAACAGAGUAGGAGGAGGAGCAGAGACUCCGCCCCCUGCAGGCCGCCCCAGACGUGUCCUCCGUCUGUACCAGUAUGACGAGGACGGCCAGAGGUUCGCUCACCUUCCACAGCCGUCCCCAGAGGAGCCAGGCCCCCCCCCCCAGGCUCAAGCAGCGCUCCCUCUCUCUGACACGUCUCAACACCAUCAUGGCCACCGCCUCGGCAGAGCCGCUGGGCACCAGAGAACCGGGGGGGGGGGGGAGGGGGAGAGGCUGCACUUCCACAUGGAGAUAUAACUGUAAAGUCAUUUGAAAUGAAAGUGUGUUGUUCAUGUUGUAACUCACAUACAUCUUAGGGAAAUGAGCUUCUUAAAAGUGUGUCUGUGUGCCUAGGACAAACUUUCCCUUUGUGCAGAUUCGUGCAAUAUGUUCAGCUUCCCCUGGUGGAAAGACCACCCUUGCUGUAGUACGCACUCUCCAAGUUAAUAUGAUGCCAUUUGACCUCAGUGGCCCCUGAGCCUUCAAAGCACAACCAACCAAGAAACAGCUGUGUGUGAAGUAUCCACCUGUUGAUGAUGAAUACCUGCUCUGCACCCGACUGCAAAGCUCUGUGCCCCGAUCCCUUAGAAUCGAUUUUCUGUUACUGGAGAAAUACUUUUAAAAUGAUAUUAAAAAAAACAAACGACCAUGGGGUUGCAAACCUGAAACAAAACAAGCGGCCAAACCUCAAGGUUCAAGACAUAAAAGUCAUACUGCACACUUCUUCAAAUGUGAUGCCAUUGAUCCAUUAAAAUCAGCUGAUCAGAUUUUGAGCACUUUGGGAUGUCACAAUGUUUCUCGGGCUUGUGUAACCAUUAGCCAAUCAGCAACCAAGGUAAC